AUGUACGCCGCACGCACAGCCAAGCCCAAGCUGUCUCUCAGCAUUUCUGCUACUGCAAGCGCCCCUCGCCCAGUGCUCUCGCUGCGAUCUCCUGGCCCAAUGCCACGAACGCCAAUCUCGCCUUCGCCCAUGAGCCCAGCCUACUCGCGAGAUAUGGGUCUCCAGGCCCCGCAAGCCUAUGCUUACACAAACUCGAGCACAGCGAAGAGUAUCCUUAAGAAGGGUACCAACUCUGCCUCGUCGGGCAAAAAGGCCAUUCAAUUCAAGAACACGCCUACUGUGUACUGCGUUACUCCAAUCGAGAACAAGGACGAGUACUAUGGCGGAUAUGGCAAGGUUUCGCGCGACGAGAAACGAUGGGGACUACGAUCAUGA